CAACUGUUGGAGAGUCUCGACUCUCGAUGCGUGGAAGACAUGGCGACUUGCUGGUCCAUUCCCAGGUGGAUUCUCUUAAAUACUGAAUUCCUCCCUCCGCGCCAAUUUCCCUCUCUCUUCUCCCCUUCGUCUACCACCACAGUCCUUCCCUUUGACAGCUUCCUGUCGUUCCUUCAUUCCAGUCUCCAGCCUCCAGCCUUCUCUUGGAGCAUCAGUCAAUUCUUCAUACUGCUGCGCAGUCUCUGUCUGUCUAUCUGACUGAACCGCAUUCCUUCCUUCACUCAAUCGAUCUAUCAAAAACCCAGUCGAUAAAUUCGAUAAACCACCUUCUCUACAAAAGAACAAUCGCGUUGAAUCAUAUACUCUCGCAAUGGCUCCCAUCUUCAAGCCUCUUGCGCUCGCUAGCGCUCUUUUCGCUGCCAUCAGCUCGGCCGCCCCUGUCGAUCUUAACAAGCGUGAAGUGGACGUGGUGUGGACAACGGUCACGACUGUCGUCUGGACCACCGUCGAUGUGACCACUACCAUCUACCCUACUCCGCAGGCUCCCACUCCCCCUGUCGUUGAGUCUACCCCGACCCCGACCCCGUCAGCUGCUCCCGAGCAGCCCAAGCCGAUCGAGGCCUCUACACAGCCCGAGACCCCUGAGCCUCAGCCGACCCAGCCUUCUGUCGCUGCAUCCACCCCUGUCGCUGCUGCUGCGGCUGCUCCUGCUGCUCCCGCCCCUGAAGAGCCGGCUCCUCAGCCUGCGCCCGCGGCUCCUUCCACUUCUACUACUUCCCAGGCUGCCCCGUCCCCCCCGCCAGCUGCUAACAGCGGCAACAGCGGCAGCACUGAAAAAGCCGCCAGCAGCGGAUACAGUGGCCCCUGCUCCAAGGACUCCCCCUGCGUUGGCCAGCUCACGUUCUACGACACGGCUACCUCCGCCAGCGCUCCCAGCAGCUGCGGUUUGACCAACGACGGCUUUUCCGAGAAUGUGGUCGCGCUUCCCGUGGGCAUUAUGACCGACGGUGACUGCGGCAAGACCGUGACCAUCACCUACAACGGUAUCACCAAGACCGCUACCGCCGUGGACAAGUGCAUGGGCUGCGCGCCCACCGAUCUAGACGCGUCCCGGCACUUGUUCGGCGAGCUGGCUGAUUUCGGUGCGGGCCGUAUCAGCGGCAUGUCGUGGUACUUCAACUAAAGCGUUGAUCGCUUUCUUGAAUUAAAGGACUGUAACGUGUUCGGACUUUGGGACAAUCUUUUCUUCCCUCCGCUUCUUAAACUUAUCUUCUUCCACUCGCUCUUUUGACCUUUUUAUACCAAGACGAAUCCAUGAGCCACAUUGGCCUCGUGGAUCGGUUUAUGUUCAUAAGAUGUUGGUCAUCUUUUUCAAGAGCCAAAUUCUUUUUUUUUUCUUCUUGCUGCAAUGAGACAAGCGAGGAAGCAGCCAAUACGAACACGCAAUUGCUUGCAUUUCCGGCCAGCUCGGAAUGGCAACUGCAGUCCUUUGUUCUCCUUUUUUUUUUUUCUU